AAUUCUGAUCUACAAUGGCAAAAACAAUAUGCAAGCAUGGGGCCUCAUAGUUCUGCUCAUCUCGAAAGCCGUCGGGCAUGCCCCCUCGGUCCCAGAUCUGGAACAGGACAAAAGCGCCGGUGUGCUACACUCGCAGCGUGCGCUUGCCGAAGUGACCGAAAUGAUUCGUACCUCGUCGCUCGUACAUCAGGGCCUGGUUAAUUUACAACCGUUGGCCAACGCCGGCAAUGAACUCAGCGGUGACAGCGAAAUGAUUUUCGGAAACAAAAUAGCGCUGUUGAGUGGAGAUUACCUGCUGGGAAAUGCCUGUUUGCAGUUGGCUGGAUUGAAGAAUCAACAACUGAUUGAGCUGAUUUCAUCGUCCGUGCGUGAUUUGGCGGAAUCGAAUUUCGUUGGGGAUCGAGAUAUGCAGAACAACCCUCUGCCCUCCAAACCGGAACCGGGAACAACCCGUUCGUCGUCGGAUACGUUGAGCGACGAGGAUCUAGGGUUUGGCGAUCUGGAGGACAAUACGCAACCCUUGAACAUCAAGGACGUGUUGGGCAAUCCCGAGAAGGAAUGGUCCCUGCGGCACAUCCUAUCGGCGGGCAGUCUGCUGGGGAAGAGUUGCCAGGGUGCGCUGAUUCUGGCUGGACAACCUGAAAAGUUACAAAAGCAAGCCUAUCUGUUCGGAAAGCACCUCUCGCUGGCGUGGCAAGCCUGCAUCGAUAUGGAGCCGUUCGGCAGUCCCAAUCUUACACCAGGAGGUCGCUUCAGUCUCAUCUCGGCGCCGGUUCUCUUCCACCUGGAACACGAUCCAACGCUGUACGAAGAAAUCAAAAAGGGACGUGAAUCGGUUGAUAACAUCGACUACGCCAAGAUUCACGGGUCAGUCAUCAAGGGACCCGGAGUGGAAAAGACGCGCAAUCUACAGAAGAAACACAGCCUGGCGGCGAUGGCCGUACUCAAUGAACUUCCUCCUUCGGACGCUCGAACCGCACUACAGAAUAUCAUCCUGGCGAUGCAGGACUUGUAAUAGCAAACGUACUGAAAUAUUUAACAAAAAAAAAGACAAACACACAAAUACGAACGAAUACUCCUCUUCAGUUUUCUUUUAGCAGCUAGGAAAGAAGAUGUGCGAAGAUGAAUUAAAAAAAUACCAUUCCGUCCAGUGAGGAGAAAAUCAUACGAUUGUUAGGACACUUUAUUGAUUGAACGGUACUGUUAACCCAGUAUAAUUAAGAGCGGAAACGAUUUGAACGUUUUUGUGCUAAUUAUGUACUCUUACAAAAACAAAAUAGGCAAUAUUAAACUGUAGGGCGCUAGAUUUUAAGUGGUGAUUGUGUUUGAUUCGAAUUCUGAAUUAUAUAUUUAUAAUUGUUGACUUUUGUAGAAA